AUGAAUACAGACCACUAAAUCAAGCAAUUAAAGGAAGCAGUCAGGUCCAGUGAAAUGAUGAUUAUGGAGCAAUCCAGAAUUAUCAUCUCUUUGAACCUUGAGCAAGAUGGUCUUAACAAGAAAUUGGAGGAGACUAAAAUAGAAUGUAGUCAAAAAAUUGAAGAGAUAAACAAAAUAUGUGCUCAACAGAUUGGUGAAAAAGACAUUUAAAUUAGAGAGUUGUAAGAGAAAACAAAAGAAUUAAUGCUGUUAACUUAGGAAUUAGAGUAAAAGAAUUCUGAUCUAGAAAAGGAGUAUCAAAACUAAAUUAAUGAUUUAGAGAGGUAGCUUAUUGAUGCUAAGCUAUAGUUAGCCCAACAAAGCAGCGAUUUCGAAGAAACAAAGAGAGACAUGAUACAACUUAAAAGAUAAAUAUAAGAGCUUAGCAGUGAGAGCGAUAAAACUUCAAAUUCGCCUAGCCAAAGCUUAAUUAUUAGCGAUGGCAUCGACUUUUCAACUUCUCAAAUAAUUUUGAAUGAAAAGUCAAUGUUAAGAGAUAUAGAUAUUUCAUUCAAGAAUAGUGCAAUAUAAAAAAACAAAGAAUUUCUGAAAAAUCUUAACGCCCCUCCUGAGUUGAAUAAAAAUGACAGCAUUGACUUUUUCAGUCCAGAAUAGUGCAAUUUAAGAGUUUUGAUUAAUCCUGAAUAUGAUUCUUUCCCAGUUAUCGAAAAAAAUGGCUCUAUUGAAAUAGAUUUUAUUCCAUCUCCUAUUAAAAGCCAUCAAACAAGUUUAGAAAUUCCAAUUAUUUAACAAGCAAUCUCUAGCACUCCUUAAAAAUCAAUUUCUUAUGAAAAGUAACAAGAAUUUAUGCUAGGCGUUAGCAAGAUUAAUAAGAUUUUGAUCACAUAGCAUCAACCAUAAGUAAUACUGCUAAAUGAAAAAGAGAAGGAGCAGAUUUUCAAAGCACUCGAAGAGAGUUCAAUUAAUUUAUCUCUACUUAAAACAUAUAAUAGUGACGUGAUUCCAAUUAUUGAUACUCAUUUCCUUUAUUCCUCAAUUAAAUCAGAAAUGGUCUAGCAAAAAAUGAUUAACUUGCUUCGCAAAAAUCCUUGUCCAUAAAGCCUAAGAAAGCGUGUCUGGCCCUAUCUGAUUGGAAACAAGCUUAGAAUUAAUAAAAAACUCUAUAAAAAUUUAGAGAAUCAGAUGAAUGCUCACUAAGUAUGCUAAAAAACAGCAAAUUUAAUAAGAGAAGAUAUGCACAGAACUUAUCCUAAUUUUUCGUUAUUUGACAAGGGCUCAUAAAUUAACGAAACAUUACAAGCAAUUCUAGAACAAUUUAAUCAUUUUAGACCGGAUAUUGGAUAUGUUUAAGGUAUGGCAUAUCCUGCAGCUAUCAUCUUUUUAUAUUUAGGAGACUCUUACCUCACAUUUAAAUAUUUUAGCAAUCUGAUAGCUGGAAGCGAGUUUAUUUCUAAUCUUUAUAAAUUUAAAAUAGAUAAAAUAAAAAUAUAUGUAAAAACAUUCGAGUACUUCUUAAGUCAAAAAUACCCUAACUGUCUAAAGCAUCUUUAAAAAUUACACAUAUAAUCUGAUAUAUUCCUAAUUGAAUGGUUCUAUACUCUCUAUUGCAGGGCUUUCUCUUUCUCAACUAUUGCGAAAAUUUGGGAUCUUAUGUUGGCUCAUGGAGAAGUGAUAUUUUAUAAAGUAGGCAUUUCUAUAUUUGGAUGCAUAGAAAAAGAUUUAAUUGAUAAGGAUUUUGAUGAUUCUUUGUUUUUAAUAAGAAAUUGUACUAACAAAAUAGAUCCUGAUUCAUUAAUAAAAAUGAUUUAUUCUUUAAAACUAACAACUGAGCAUAUCUUUAAAAAAUAUUAAAAGCUUAUAGAAGAAAAUGAUGCUGCAGAAAAAUCUUAAAAGAAGAUAUAAGAGCCAACAUUGCAGAUGAAUUCUUUAUCUAAUUCAUAAAAUUCUACUUAAAUAUCUUCUAGUUAUAAUGGAGUUAGCUUUAUUUCUAAUGUUAGCACAAAUAGUAAUUAAGGAAUGAAAAAUUCUGGCAUAAAAAGUGAAAAUUUAAAUGAUAAUUUCUUGAAAGCUCCUAAGCUUGAAACAAUCGAUGAAUUAAAUUCUUCAACUCAUAGUACUGCUUUGAAAACUUGCUAAUCAAAUGAAGAAAAGCAAGAAGAUUGUAUAACCACUUUCAUCCAAUAUGAAUAAGUAGACUGUGACUCAAACAAAGAGAAUGUUAGCAAUAUUAUUUCAAGUAACAAUUAUAUAUUUGGAGUUGAAAAUAUAAACAUGCAAUUCUCUAAAAGUAGCGAAAAUAGCAUAAACGAAUAAUUGAGCAAAUAGUAAAACUUCCACGAAAUAGUUUAAAAUUGA